UCAGGGUGUUUACAUGGCAACGGGCGGCUGUUGCCACAUACAUUUCCUAAACGUAUUCUUAACGGGCAUACAGACGUAAAGCGAUAUCAGAAUGGCAGGCUAUUCCGGAAGCGGUGCUUCUGGGCAGCAGUGGGAAACGUCUUCAUCGCAGAAGUGUCAGGUCGCUGACGAAGAGCUUUUCUACAGGCACUGCAGAGCGGCGUACCUGGCUGUUUUUAGAUCUAGCUUGGAAAGCAUUACUUCCAAAGAGCAGCUUUGUUUGGUGUUGCAGCAAGCUGGAAGAAAUCCUUCUCAGAAGAGACUCAGCAAGUACUGGACUCCGAGGACCAGCAAGCUUAGCUUUGAUGAUUUUUGUGAGAUACUGAAGAAGGAAAAACCCACUGAGAAAACAGAGCUGAUCAAAGCCUUCCGAAAAAUUGACCUAAACGGUGAUGGAUAUAUAACACACAAUGAACUUUACAAAGUGCUUACCAAAAAAGGUGAGAAGAUGACUCCUGAAGAGGUGAAAGGCAUUAUUGAUCUAGCUGAUACUAACCAAGAUGGAAAACUGGACUACCGUGAGUUUUGUAAAUUGUUCUCUUCAACUGCUGAUCAGUGUCAGAAAGCUGCCCUGGAGAAGCUGGAGGCUGACACCAGAAUGAGAUGUCAGCAGUUUGGCAGCGAGUCAGAGAGAGCACCAAAGAAUUCUUUGACACAAGCCGUUAUUCCAGAAGCAGGAACACCCCAGAAAACUGAUCUGGAGACAACACAGAGGAAAGCUGACAGCAGACCUUCAUCCCGUCCUUCCUCAGCUCGAAGCCGGAGGGCAUCGGUAUCGUCUACCAUCACUAUGGGAGCCAGCAAUGCAAGAAGUGUGAAGCUAGCUGAGCCCAAGUAUAUUCAGGACUGGCACCAUGCAAGUUUAAAGGGGUGCUUCUUUCUUGAGGAGGAUGGUGGGAUCGUGAGUCUUCAAUACAGGCUGCACAUCCCUCAGACAUCCACUGUGUAUCUCACCAUUAAGCCCCUGAAUCUCAGCCAAGCAGAAGAAAAGACUUCCUCCUGGAUGUCGGUAGACACGGCACUUUACAUUGUGCGUGAAAAUGAAAGACCAGAAGACUCAGAUCUCGUGUGCUUUACAGAGUUACGGGACAAAGAGAAAUUUGGAUGGAAAGGAGAGAUGAGUUCUGGAGUUUAUUACCUAAUACCGUUUACAACUGGCUGCAGAUUAAAGAGGAAGAGGAAGAUUAUUAAUAAGCAUGCCCAGCUGGUGUAUAGGGGUGACAAUGGAGAACUGGCGCUUACUAAGGAGUUCAGAUCAACUCUCUCAGAUAUUUUUGAAGUAAUAGAUUUGGAUGGGAAUGGCCUCCUAAGCCUGGAAGAAUACAAUUUCUUUGAACAAAGGACAAGUGGAGAGAAAUGCGAUGAGGAAGCUUGGGCUGUGUGCAAAGAAAAUUUUGAUACGAAGAGGAAUGAACUGACAAGACAAGGAUUCAUGGAGCUCAACUUGAUGGAAGCUAAUGACCGGGAAGGGGAUCCUCGAGACCUCUGGGUCACUCUGGAGUCAAUGGGGUACAACAGGGCUCUGGAAAUGGUGGAGGCUUGCCCUUUUGUGGUCGAUAUCUACUGUGAGGAAUGCAAGCCUAAGAUGAAAGCUGUUAGUCUUGAGUCAGGCAGCAAGAUCCUCAGCACAGCCGUGUACAAAUCAGUGAUCAACAAGGGGGAGGCCAAGGUGAUGAAGGGGAAUGACAACGUGGUCAUCUACACUUACAAGAGUGAGGCAAGGAUCACAGCAGUCAUUGCAAAUAAGUCCAAUAACAAAGUGACUGUCCAUGUAAACAACGAGCAGAGUAAGAACUGCGUCAGCAGCAGAGGGAUCACUGUUUUUGCUGUAGAAGUGCCGCCAAAAACUAACAUGGUCUGUCAACAUGUCAUGCCUGUUAAUGAAAGGCAAGAAUGGACUUACAACUGUGUGGAAAGCCUUAUGCCUUAAACUACUCCAGCAUUUCUACUAAUAUUAAU